GGCAUAAAAUCCUCUCUCUCAUCUCUGUAAGACAAAACCGUGGAUCCAUCUCAUCCCACCAUUCCUUCUCUCUCUCUCUCUCUCUCCAUAGCUCAAACUCCAUCGCCAGAGUACUCUUCGCUAACCUCCUUUCCUCUUUUGUCUAUCUCAAAUUAUCUCUCUCUCUCUCUCUCUCUCUGUCUCUCUCCUCCUUUUCCCUAACACCCAUCUCUCUCCAAUCCAUAUUAGGCUUCAAUCUCUCUCCUCUCUCACUCACCUACCCACUAUAUCCUCAUCUCUCUCUCUCUCUCUCUGUCUCUCUCUCAUCAGAUCUAAUCCCAACAAACGCUUCUUUGCCUCUUCUCCAAACUCUCCCUUCCAAUUCCCAUCUCUGAAAUUCCCCAAUUUAGGGUUUCCCUCACUCCAUCUCGAUCUCAAAUCCCAUCACUCUCUCUCUAUAUAGUUGUGUAUACAUAAUUAUCUAUAUAUAUAUAUAUAUUGGUUCAGAUGUCUUCUGUUCGUCCAGAUCUGACCACCAAAGUCUACCCAGAACCCUACACUUCAUCAUCAUCGGACGAGAUCGACCAUUUCGAUCUCUUGCCCGAUUCGAUCCUCCUCCUGAUCUUCAACAAGAUCGGCGAUGUCAAAGCCCUAGGUCGCUGCUGCGUCAUUUCUCGCCGCUUCUACACCCUCGUCCCUCAGGUCGAAAACGUCGUUGUUCGUGUCGACUGUGUGAUCUCCGACGACGAUGCUUCUUCCACCUCUGGAUCCUCCGACAAGUCUCGCGGAGCUUUCUCGAACCUGUUUCGGUUCGUUUUCGGUGGAAUCGUCAAGCCACUCCAGGCUCUAGGCCAGUUCUUGGGUCCCAAGAGAUCGAACUCGGCUUCUUCUUCUUCUUCGCUUUCGGUUGGUACCGGAGCUUCGGCUGAUGAUGAACUAGAUCAGGGUGGUGUGACCCAUCAUUCGCCUACUCAAGUUUUGAAGAAUUUCAAUGAAAUUCGGUGUCUCCGAAUCGAGCUUCCCAGUGGUGAAUUGGGUAUCGAUGAAGGUGUGUUGUUGAAAUGGAGGGCUGAUUUCGGAUCGACCCUCGAUAAUUGCGUGAUUCUCGGAGCUUCCUCGGUGAUUUACCCUAACCCAAGUAAGAAUUUGGAUAACAAUGGAGAUGGGUUUUGUGGUAAUGCUAUUGCUAUUGCUGGUGGAGAUGAAAAUGGAAGUAUUCCUGAAUCGUUUUACACGAAUGGAGGAUUGAAAUUGAGAGUGGUGUGGACAAUCAGUUCGUUGAUUGCUGCUUCGGCGAGGCAUUAUUUGCUUCAGCCCAUAAUUUCGGAGCAUAAGACUUUAGAUAGCUUGGUUUUGACUGAUGCCGAUGGGCAGGGAGUGUUGUGUAUGAAUAGGGAUCAAUUGGAGGAGUUGAGAGUAAAGCCCUUAUCAGCUUCAUCGGCCUCGAAGCGGACACUUGUGCCGGCAUUGAAUAUGAGGCUGUGGUAUGCUCCGCACUUGGAAUUGCCUGAUGGAACUGUGCUGAAAGGGGCGACAUUGGUCGCAAUUAGGCCUAGUGAGCAGUCGGCUGUGAAGAAGGAGGUGUCGGAGGGGUGUUGGGUUUCGGCUGCCUUUGAGGAGCCGUUUGGGAUGGCUGCGAAGAUGCUGGUGAAAAGGAGAACUUAUUGUCUUGAGAUGAACUCCUUUUAAGAGCAAUGCAUUGCUGAGGGAAAGUGCAAUUUCUGAGGAGAAGAGAGAUGCACAUGUUUUGGAAGGCAUACAAUAAAUACUUUUGUUUUGCACGUAGCUUAAUGCGAGUGCAGUUUUUCAUCAAGCCUAAUCAUGCUUCAUAAAUGCAAUGGAAUUGCUGUUCCUUGGUUGAUUAUGCACUGUGGAAUCUGUCCCUUUCUGUGCUUAAACUGAUGGAUGGAUGAAAUGCAUCUGCAGUUUGUUUUUAUAUUGGGCAUAUGCUGUAAGAGUGCGCACGAUGCAACUAGAUUAAUGUUGUAAGAGCUUUGAGCGUUUGAGUUGUAGUCUUUUACAUUUGUUAAUCAUCUCUAUGUGAAUAUUGUAGGUUUGAAUGAAUAUUUUAUGCCUAUGUGAGCAGUGUACUUUGCAUCUAGCUUUAUAUCUAAAGUGGCUAGCUUACUGGUUCUAGCAAAGGUUUUCUUGUCA